AUGGAUCGUUUAAUCAUCUUGUUGGCUAUUCUGUUGAUGGUAGGAAACAAUUAUGCCUUUGAUAUUCCUCAAGCUCUUGAGGUUCCAAUAGAAAAAGAGUUCCAAUUGACAUAAACUUAAUUCAAUUUGCUUUACAGCGUGUUUGCAAUCCCUAACAUAGGUUUGAGUAUUGGAGGAGGCAUAAUGAUAGACAAAAUGGGUGGACGUUGGGGUGUAAGACCAUAUUGUAUAUCAUAGGUGUUUACAUUUAGUCUUUUGCUGGGUCUAUCAUAAAUAUUUAUAUUUUUUGGAGGAUGCUAUCAUAAUUAUUGUAUGAUGCUUUGUGGUAGAGCUAUAUUUGGUAUAGCAAGUGAUAUUUUACACAUUGCAGUGUUCAAAUUGGUAGCAUAAAGAAUGCCAAAAGAUAUGGGUACUGCUAUGGGAUUGAUACUUACGGUCCCAGAAUUAGCAGCAGCUCUUAAUUCGUUUUUAUCCCCUUACUUAUUUGAAAAGACUAAUUCACUAAAAAUACCUUUGUUAUUCGGGUUAUUCCUAUGUUUUUUAGUAUAAUUUAAAAUAAUGUGAUUAGUCCUUCUUAUCAGGGUUAAUGAUGAUUUAUGUAGACAUGAAAUAUGAGAAGGUAGCGACGGCGAAAUAAACCGAAUAAAUAUCAGUGUUUAAUUGUAUUAUUAGUAUUUUAAUAACUUAGUUAAGCUUACUAAGCCUUUUGUGAUAAUGAGCAUAAUUACGACAUUAAUGCUAGCUUCCUAUGUGCCAUUUCUUGAUAAUGCUAAUAAGUUUUACCAUGAGCGAUUUGGAUUUAGUAUAAUGGAUGCUGGCCAAAUAGUUACAGUCGGUUAUGUUGUGGCAGGUAAUAUAAUUUGCAAUAUGUCAUUUUUAGCAUUUACAUCUCCUAUUGUAGGUAGAAUUUCUGACAAGUUUACCAAUUAUAGACCUUUUUUUAUAGUAGCGUCAACGAUAAUGUUUUUUAUUUCCCAUUUGCAAUUUUAUUACAUGCCUCUAACAACAUCUCCUAACUAUUAUUCAGUUUUUGGGUAAAAAGUGUUUAUUAAAAUUAUAGAUUAAUUACUUUAGGCUUAUCCUAUUCAUGUUUCUCGAGUGUUUUGAUGCCUGCUUUGCAAUCUACUGUUCCUGAGGAUAUGUUAGGUAUUUUAUGAAUGAGAUUUAAAUUAGCAACUGCUUUGGGUUUAUUGGGGAUAAUAGAGAAUUUCUGUAUGGCUGUUGUUCCAAUGAUUUCUGGUUUUGUCUAUGCAAUUGGUGGUGGAAUAGAUCCAAUGAAAAAUGUUGACAUUAUAUACUUGUUCUUGGCAGGUAUUGGAGUUGUUCUUUCAAUUCAUUUAUUAAUGGAAAACAUCCUUUAACCAGCCAAAGCACAUGCGAAAUUGCCUAAUGCUCUGGAUAUUUGA